CGAUCGCAUUCUUUCUGAGUUCAAGUUAUAUCGAAACACCGGAGAAACAAGUUCGCUGCUCGUAAGAAUUUUGGUCUAACUUCAUUUGUGGAUUUUCUCUUGCAUAAGUUAAUGUUUGAAGCUCUAGUGAAGCAAUAUUUACCGAAUGGAAUCCCUUAAAUCGGAGUCACGUCGUUCAUUACCCACAGAAAUGGACUGUAAAUCAUCGACCGAAGAACCAGUUUCUGACGAAGAGGUACAAUUAGAACGUUUUGACUCGGUGGAAAGUUUUCGAACAAGAACAUCGACAGAAAGCCGAACUGUAUCGAUGGUUUCUACCGAAAGCUACGAAACAGCUUCCUCGUCUUUCCCAAGCUGGGACAGAAACAGCUGCCAGGGGAACAGAAGAUCCUGUUUACUAGGAUGGAUAAAUUCUUUGGAGGAAACAACAAGACGGACACUUUUCAUCCAUCAUCUGCCAAUAGAAAUAUGUGAUCCUGUCAAAGACAUUUCAUUGUUUAGUUAUGAAGCUGAGUUUUGUCGCAUCUGUCAUUGCGGCGGAGAGGAUGAAGAAUUAAUUGCCCCAUGCAGAUGCUCUGGAAGCGCUAAGUUUGCACAUCAAAGUUGCCUGCUGUCCUGGUUUGAACUGAAAAAGGAUAAAACAUGCGAGCUGUGCCUCUACGAAAUUUCCGUAAAAAAGAUGGGAUUCAAACCAAUCUUACAGUGGAGACUCCCAUGGCGCUCUUGCGACAUCGUGGCCUACCUUUUCCUGUUCUACUGUCUGGUGCUGGUAGUCUUUAUAGUCAUGGUUCUAUGGAUCGCUUCUAAACGUUGCCUCUCUCCCAUCUGCGUUGUUCUGUACUUCGCGUGCGGUCUGGCAGUGUGCUACUUCACCUACUGCUGCGGCUGCAUAGAACAUAUUCGCUACUACUGGAAAGCAUGGAUCGAUGUGAACCGUCAGUGGCUCAUAAUAACUCACAAAGACGAUGUACAGGUUCACAAUAAUGUUAUAGAAAAGAAGAUCAGUAACGAAUCUUGCAAAGCAAGAGAGGAAUUUGUCUAGGUGUUUUGAAACUGUCAAAAUGUGUUGUGUCAAAACAGUUGGCUAUAGAUGUACUCACAUAUCGAGCUUGGGCUUCCUGUGAACAACCAGCAUUUCCUCACAUUCCUACAAGACACCAGUGUGAGAACAAAAUGCUGAAAUACGGUUCAGCACCCUCAAGUAUUCAACGUGGAGUUGCUAUAAAACACCAGUACAAAAGCGCAAAGUUGAAGUAUUCAACAU